AUGUUCGUCUCCAAGGAAGGAAGGAAGUUGAAAGCCCAUGGGGGUAAUGUUCAGGACUCUUUGAUUGAGGUAAAUGACUUAGUUCGUGGUCCGAUCUCCAAGGACUUGGUGGUGGUCUCCGCGUAUCGUCCGAACAAGCAAGGCCUCGGUGGAUCUACAGUGUGGGCACAACACAGGCUUCACUUUCAUGCAGUGAAUCGAAAAAAUAAUCCAAGGAAAGCCUUUGUGGACGAUCUUUGCAAACAGAUCACCAAAUGGCGUGAUGAAGGAUGUGAGGUGGUUUUGGGUAUAGAUGCAAAUGAGGAUGUCACUGUCAACGCACCCCAGUCUAUCCGCCACCGCUUCCAGGCCUGCGGUCUUGAGGAGGCGAUCCUAAAACACCAUCCACCACAAGUGACCCACCAGCGCAACCAAUGGAACAUUCCAAUUGAUGGUAUCUUCACCACUUUGGGCGUACCAAUCCUUGCGGGUGGGUACUAUGCCUUUGACGAAUUCUUUGAUUGUGAUCAUUGCGGAUUGUGGAUUGACAUUGAUCUUUCCGCCUCCUUGGGCAACUUCCAACCUCAGAAAUCCAACUUCACGCCACGGAAGUUGUCCCUCCAAGACUCUCGGUCUGUAAGCAAAUAUCUUCAAUUGGUUCACAAAGGUUAUGCCAAGUACUCCAUCCCAGAGAGAUUGAAUAAGCUGAAUCAGCGUAUUGACCACCUGGGACACCAGAUGACCCCUUCCUUGGUGCGCAAAUACAACUGUUUACACAGACAAAUGUAUACAGUGAGGCGCCAGGCGGAAGAGAAGUGCCGGGCCUUAGCUCCAGGUAAAGUUCCCUGGUCACCAAAAAUGCAGGGAUUCUGGGAUUGUAUGAGCCUGUGGAAGCUUCUGUUGAAAGGCAAGAAGGGUUGCCGUGUGAGUUCGCGCAAAGUUCGCCGGUUGAUGAAGAAGACAGGGUUGCCACAAGCUUGGAGGAAGUCAGCUGUUGAUCUGGAGGACUGCCUGAAGCAAGAGCGCUCCUUGUACAAGCAGGCCAAACACACCUACGCAGCUCAAUGGAGGAAAGACUUCUUGACAGUCCAAACCAAGGACGCAAAGAAGCAUCAGUGGAAG